AUGCUAGGUUAUAGUGGUCUUUCAAUAGGAAUAAGCGACGUGAAAAAAGUGCAAAUUUCUCAAGCAAAUCCAGUUCAACUUUCGAAUAUUCUUCUAAACUUGCGUUAUAAAGCGUUUUCAGAGUUAAGCAACACAAUUUACACAUAUCAAUCAGAUUACCAAUAUCAGUACAAGUAUUACUUGGCAAAGUUGUCACGUUAUGAAGAUUUAGAACAUACUGUUACACUCAAGCUCUGUUCAAUGUUACCUGAAGUUAGGCAAAGGAUAAACUCGGGUUCAACUCUAAUAUUACAAAAUUACUCUGACGAGGAAAUAUACUACUCACAGUACCCAAUCCCACACAAUAUAUUUGUGGAUGAGAUACCUAUUUUCAGAGAAUUUACUUUUUUUCUUUCACUUAGAAGGUCAUUGUUAGAUUUAAGAAAAAAAAUAUGGAGACUCUAUAGUAUAAUAGAAACUAAGAGCUCAGCUAUAAAGCUUUGGGAAAGUGAAUACCAAGAAGCAAUACUAGAAAAGGCUGAAAACGAAUAUAUUUAUGGCUUAACAACCAACGAUUAUGGAAGAAAUAUUAAGGAUUAUGCAGAAAAGCUUAAGCAAAAAAGGUCUACUGAGUUCAGAAAAGCUAAAGAAAUGAUCGUUCUAAAUAAUCUAGAGAACAGGAAUAAUGAGGAACUUGAAAAAAUUUACAGUGACAAUGAGAAUGAUCACACUAAGCAAAGGGAUAGCUGCUUGAUCCUACCAAUUAAGAGAAGAGUUAGUCUUCAUUGUUCAGUCAAAUCAGAAAGUCCGAGCCGGGAGGCUCAUCGACGGGAAAGCCCCAAUAAAAAUCUGAAUGCGGGGAGAAAUUCAAAGAAAGUUGGAAAUAUAGAUAAUGAGGUAGAUUCGAUAAUUCCAGACUCCAAUAGGAUCAAAAAAAAGUUAAAUAAGCUUCCUCCAAAGCCCGAAAAAACCGAACUAUAG